CCGGGCGGAGGAGGAAGGUGUUUGAUCGGCCGAGGCGGGUGAUGGAUACGGGAGGGUGGCUUGUCGCGGGCUCUCGGAACCGGAACGAGUUCGUGGUCAUCAAUGCAGAUGAUUUCGGUCGCGUAAGUUCUGUCCAAGAUUCCAAUGGGCAGAACUGCCAGAUAUGUGGAGAUGAUAUCGAGAUAUUAGAGGAAGAAAAGGAGCCCUUUGUCGCCUGCAAUGAGUGUGCCUUCCCUGUGUGCAGGACUUGCUAUGAGUAUGAGAGACGUGAGGGCAGUCAGUCCUGUCCCCAGUGCAAGACCCGAUACAAGCGCCGCAAAGGUAGUGCAAGAGUAGAGGGUGACGAGGAAGAAGAUGGUGAUGAUGAUAUUGAGAAAGAAUUCAGUUUUGGUAAUUUUGAUACAAAGGAAACACCGAGCGUAUCUUUGUCAAAGCUUCACAGCCAGCUUAGGAUUGGACAGGGCUCUUUCACUGGGUCAGGGAUUGGCACCUCCAGUGUCCACAAUCCUAGUUUCUAUACUGACACCAAUAUCCCACUUCUAACAUAUGGUGAAGAGGCUGGUGGAAUUUCUUCUGAUCACCAUGCUUUUGUUAUUCAUCCAUAUGUGACACAAAUUCAUUCAAGGCCUACUGCAGGAUCAUCUGUCUCUACGCAAUCUAGGCCUAUAAACCCUGAUAAAGACAUAGCAGUGUAUGGCUAUGGAACUGUCGCAUGGAAGGAUAGAAUUGAUGACUGGAAGAAAAAGCAGCUUACUAAACUGCAAAGGCCUCAGCUUGAAGGUGGGGAUGGUGGUGGCCUUGAUGGAGAUGGGCUAGAUAACCCUGAUUUGCCAAAGUCGGAUGAAAGCAGACAACCAUUGUCAAGGAAGCUACCCAUUGCUUCCAGCAAGAUAAACCCAUACAGGAUUAUAAUUUUGCUGAGGCUUGUCAUACUUGGCUUCUUUUUCCAUUAUAGACUUCGGCAUCCAGUUCCAGAUGCUUAUGGAUUGUGGCUGACAUCAGUUAUAUGUGAAAUAUGGUUCGCAAUUUCAUGGAUUUUGGAUCAAUUCCCGAAAUGGUAUCCUGUAGAACGAGAGACAUAUUUGGAUCGCCUAUCGCUGAGGUAUGAGAAAGAAGGAAAACCAUCUGAGUUAGCAGAUAUUGACAUAUUUGUAAGCACAGUUGAUCCUAUGAAAGAACCUCCACUUAUCACUGCAAAUACAGUUUUAUCCAUUCUGGCUGUGGAUUAUCCUGUUGAUAAAGUUUCGUGCUACGUCUCGGAUGAUGGUGCUGCCAUGCUUACCUUUGAAGCACUUUCUGAAACUUCUGAAUUUGCCAGGAGAUGGGUCCCAUUCUGCAAAAAGUUCAACAUUGAGCCUCGUGCUCCUGAAUGGUACUUUGCUCGGAAAAUUGACUAUCUAAAAGAUAAAGUUCAUCCAGAUUUCGUGAGGGAGCGGCGUGCAAUGAAGAGAGAAUAUGAGGAAUUUAAGGUUCGUAUCAAUGUAUUAGUGGCCAUGGCACAAAAAGUUCCUGAAGAAGGCUGGAUAAUGCAGGAUGGAACUCCAUGGCCUGGAAACAGUGUACGGGACCAUCCAGGAAUUAUCCAGGUCUUUCUAGGUCAUAAUGGUGUGCUUGAUGAGGCGGGAAAUGAGCUCCCGUGUUUGGUCUAUGUCUCUCGUGAGAAAAGACCAGGAUAUAAUCACCACAAAAAAGCUGGUGCCAUGAAUGCUUUGGUGCGAGUGUCCGCUGUUCUCUCAAAUGCCCCUUACAUUUUGAAUGUUGACUGUGACCAUUAUAUAAACAAUAGCAAGGCCCUGCGAGAAGCCAUGUGCUUUAUGAUGGAUCCCAUAUCAGGAAAGAAAGUUUGCUACGUGCAAUUUCCUCAGAGAUUUGAUGGAAUUGAUAGGCAUGACAGAUAUUCAAAUCGAAAUGUUGUGUUUUUUGAUAUCAACAUGAAAGGCCUUGAUGGGAUCCAGGGACCAAUCUAUGUUGGGACAGGAUGCGUUUUCAGAAGGCAAGCUCUAUAUGGAUUUGAUGCUCCUAUUAAGGAGAAGCCCCCAGGAAAAACCUGCAAUUGUUGGCCGAAAUGGUGCUGCUGUUGCUGUGGAUCUAAAAGGAAGAAUAGGAGAGGGAAACAAAAGCAGGAGAGGAAGAAGACAAAGACAGAGCAUAGAGAGUCAUCUACUCAAGUACAUGCACUUGAGAUAAGUAAAGAGGAAGCUAAAGGACAAGAAAGCGAGAACUCAGCCUUGGUGCCUCGGGAAAAGCUUGAGAAAAGAUUUGGGCAAUCAUCUGUGUUCAUAGCUUCCACACUUGGGGAAAAUGGUGGAAUUGCAGAGGGUGUCAGUUUUGCUUCGUGUCUAAGUGAGGCCUUGCAUGUAAUUAGCUGUGGUUAUGAAGAUAAAACUGAAUGGGGAAAGGAGGUUGGCUGGAUAUAUGGAUCUGUUACAGAGGAUAUUCUUACAGGUUUCAAGAUGCAUUGCCAUGGCUGGCGCUCUGUUUACUGCAUUCCUAAGAGAGCAGCAUUUAAAGGGUCUGGUCCAAUUAACCUCUCCGACCGUCUUCAUCAAGUCUUGCAGUGGGCCCUUGGAUCCGUUGAGAUUUUUCUGAGCAAGCACUGCCCUAUAUGGUAUGGCUAUAGAGGUGGUUUGAAGUGGUUGGCGCGGUUUUCCUAUGUAAACUCAGUUGUCUAUCCUUGGACAUCGAUUCCCUUGGUCGCGUACUGUACCUUGCCAGCAAUCUGUCUUCUCACCGGGAAGUUUAUUGUACCCGAGAUCAGCAUCUAUGCCAGCUUAGUAUUCAUAGCUCUCUUUGUCUCCAUUGCUGCAACUGGUAUCCUUGAGAUGCAAUGGGGAAAAGCGAGUGUUGACGACUGGUGGAGGAACGAGCAAUUCUGGGUGAUCGGUGGCGUCUCAUCACAUCUCUUCGCUCUCUUCCGGGGUCUCCUAAAGGUUCUAGCCGGAGUUGACACCAACUUCACUGUCACAUCCAAAGGAGGAGAUGACGAAGAAUUUGCAGAGCUUUAUCUCUUCAAGUGGACCUCCUUACUGAUCCCUCCCUUGACGCUGCUUAUACUCAAUUGCAUCGGGGUUGUGGCUGGGAUCUCCAACGCUAUUACCCGUGGGUAUGAAUCAUGGGGUCCACUCUUUGGUAGACUCUUCUUUGCCAUCUGGGUCAUCAUGCAUCUGUAUCCAUUCCUGAGAGGAAUCACUGGGAAGCAGGAUAGACUGCCCACCAUCAUCAUUGUUUGGUCUACGUUACUUGCUUCGAUUUGUUCGCUGCUAUGGGUUCGGGUGAACCCAUUCACCAGUAAAUAUGAUGGGCCUGUAUUAGAAGUUUGCGGGCUAGAUUGUGAUUGAAACCUGUGUAUGUGUGGGAAUUUUAGAUGUUUUUUUUUUUUGUAGCUGGGAGUUGCAGAAGGGUGCUCUACUUUCAGCUGUGUUGAAAAAUUCCAUCUUUCCAUGGUGACGGAGAGAGGUGGAAAGCGUAAAGGAAAGAGAAAAGAAACAGAAAAAAAGGUUGCAUGCCUCUGUAGAUGGAAGCUGACGCAUUGUUUUUGUUGUU